AUGAGAGCGCUCGGACUCGUCGUCGUCGCCGCGAUCCUUUUGACAGAAAAAUGUGUGCAAUGCGAAGACAUCGACGCCGAAGAUCGUCUAAUGGUCGACUUGUUCCGCGGCUACAACUCGCUGGUGCAGCCUGUCCGAAAUCGAACCGAGUUGCCAAUGAUUGUGAAAAUCGGAAUGCAACUCGUCCUUCUGAUCAACGUCGACGAAAAAGAGCAAGUAAUGCACACAAACGUCUGGCUCACGAUUACGUGGCAUGAUUUUCAACUUCAAUGGGAUCCGAGAGAUUAUGGCAAUAUAACACAAAUUCGAGUUGCUCCUGAGAAAGUUUGGCUUCCUGAUAUUGUGCUCUUCAACAAUGCUGAUGGCAAUUAUGAGGUCUCGUUCAUGUGCAAUGUGCUUGUUUUACACACAGGAACCGUGUUAUGGGUGCCUCCGGCGAUUUACAAAAGCAGUUGCAUUAUUGAUGUCGAAUUUUUCCCGUUUGACGAUCAACUUUGCAGUCUGACAUUCGGCUCGUGGACGUACAACAAAGACGAGAUCAAAUUGGACUUUUUGAAAUCGAAUCGCGUCGACUUUUCCGAAUAUUCGACGAGUUCCAUUUGGGAUAUGAUGGACGGACCGGCCGUGCUGAAAACUGAUCGGAGUCGCAUCGAAUUCCAAAUUCGAAUUCGUCGCAAGACUCUUUUCUACACCGUCGUGCUCAUUCUGCCAACUGUCCUCCUAGCAUUUCUCAAUGUCACUGUAUUCUAUCUUCCAACCGCUUCCGGUGAAAAAAUGGGUCUCACAAUGAACGUUUUGCUUUCGAUUGUUGUGUUCUUGCUGCUGGUUUCGAAAAUUCUGCCGCCAACGUCUUCCUCGAUUCCAUUGGUCGCCAAAUAUCUAUUGCUCACAUUCGUCCUCAAUAUAAUCACAAUCAUGGUAACCACAAUUAUUUGUAACAUUUAUUUCCGAAGUCCGAUCACUCAUCGAUUGCCGCCGUGGGUUCGCACCGUGUUUCUCGACGUACUCCCUCUUCUAAUGUGUAUGCAAAGACCGCAUCGCAAAAACGUCGUCGAGAAAGUGCAUCGUAAACUACUCGAGAAAGGGCCAAGUGUCGAAGAGCACACGAUGAGAACCGGCGAACAUCAUCCGCUGUGCAAGCACACUCACAAUCACGAUUCGUGUCGAAAAGUGCGAAUUCAAGACGAUUUCGACGAGGAAUUAUCGCCCGAAGCUCAGCGAGCCGUCGAUGCUAUCGAAUUCAUCACGGAAAAUCGGAGGGAUGAAGAAAUCUCAAAACAGUUUCGAGAUGACUGGAAAUUCAUUGCUAGUGUUGUCGAUCGUUUUCUCCUUUAUGGAUUCUUCGGAGCCACUUUAGGUGGUACUAUAGGUAUUGUAUUUUCUGCUCCAUCGGUUUUCGAGCCGUUUGAUGAAUUUGCUCAACUCGAAAAGCUCAAACUAUUCUAUGAAAUGGGUCUUUCGAAUGAUACGCUUCCCGUGGUGGGACCUUGA